CUUUACAAGGUGCUGCUAAGGCCUUCUCCAACAAGCACGGCCCUGCCGCUCAAGGUCAACUCGAGUACAUGGAGCGAAUUUCGAAGCGUUAUGGUGGUGCGGCUUCCCCCGGUUUGGUGGUAUCGAGAGGUGAAGCUAGGUUCCGAAUCGGGAAUUCCGAUCGUUCCACGGGAGGCAAGAAGCCAGUAGUGGAUGUCAACGGCAACAUCCAAUGGAUUCCCGACUCGGCCACUGGUGGCCGCAAACCUCGCAAUCUCA